AUGGCGUCGUCCAAGCCCGAGAUGCUGCUGCAGAUGUACACCGACGUCCAGUGCCCGUGGUGCUGGAUCGGCUCGCAGCGCUUCAAGCAGUUUCUCGCAUCGCCCGCCUACCGCGACGAGGUGGCGCCCCACGUCCGCACCGUCGUGCGCAUCGAGCCCUACCUCCUCGACUCGCGCCUCCCCGCCACCUCGUACGACACCCCAGACGGCGUCUACGACGCGCUCUCCACCACGCCCUACGACAAGAACAAGCCCCCCUCGAAGAAGGAGUACUACGGCACCAAGUUCGGCGCAGGCCUCGACGCCUUCGACCGCCGCAUCUCGGCCGCCGCCACCGAGGUGGGCCUGCCGCCCUUUGACUGGCACAGCGAGGAUGGCAAGGUGGGCGCGACGUGGGACUGCCACCGCCUCGUGCUGCGCGCCUCGAACCUCGACGACCAGGACCCGCAGCUGGCCGACGGCGACCCGCAGCGCUGGGUGCACCACUCGCGCCAGCUCCGCCUCAUGGACCGCCUCUACGCCGACUUCCACGCAAACAGCAGGGACAUGUCGGACCGCUCCUACCUCGCCCCCCUCGCCGCCGAGCUCGGCCUCUUCGACGACGAGGCCGCCGCAGCCAAAUGGCUCGCAUCCGACGAGGCAGAGUACGAGCUCAGAAACAAGCUCAAGAUCGCAGAGAUGAACGGCGUCAUGCAGAUCCCCUUUUACAUUGUCAAUGACGGAGCAGACCACCUGACCGGCUGGACGGGCGACCACGCCGAGUUCCUGCGCGUCAUGAAGAUGCAGGUGGCGGCUUUUGCCCGGUAG